GCGGUGCGGCUGAAGAUGGCGGUGCAGAUAUCCAAGAAGCGAAAGUUCGUGGCCGAUGGCAUCUUCAAAGCCGAACUGAACGAGUUUUUGACUCGGGAGCUGGCUGAAGAUGGCUACUCCAGGGUGGAAGUCCGCGUUACCCCAACCAGGACCGAAAUCAUCAUUCUUGCUACCAGAACUCAGAACGUUCUAGGAGAGAAAGGACGGCGGAUUCGCGAGCUGACGGCCAUGGUUCAGAAGCGGUUUGGCUUCCCGGAGGCCAGUGUGGAGCUCUAUGCCGAGAAGGUGGCCACCCGAGGAUUGUGCGCCAUCGCCCAAGCCGAAUCCCUGCGCUACAAGCUUCUGGGAGGCCUUGCCGUGCGUAGGGCGUGUUACGGCGUCCUCCGUUUCAUCAUGGAAAGCGGAGCCAAGGGUUGCGAAGUGGUUGUGUCGGGCAAACUCCGUGGCCAGCGUGCUAAGUCCAUGAAGUUUGUGGAUGGGCUGAUGAUCCACAGUGGGAACCCAGUCAACUACUACGUGGAUACUGCCGUGCGCCAUGUCCUCCUCAGGCAAGGUGUGCUGGGUAUUAAGGUGAAGAUCAUGUUGCCCUGGGAUCCCAGUGGGAAGAUUGGGCCCAAGAAGCCCCUGCCGGAUCACGUCAGCAUCGUGGAGCCCAAAGAAGAGAUCCAACUUAAUCCUCACGCUGAAACUUGGCAAGCAUUCCUCGACCGUUUCGAAUGUUUCCUGCGGGCAAAUGAUUAUGCUGAGCUGUCAGCUGAAAGGAAGCAUGGCUACUUCCUCAGCCUUUGUGGAAGAGACAUGUUCGGGACGGCCAGAGCUUUGGCCUCUCCCCUUCUUGUUUUUGAGGUGCCCUGGGACACUCUGCUAGGCAAGCUGUGGAGCCACUACUCCCCCAUUCCCUCCCGUAUUGCCCGAAGGCACACGUUUCGGCGAAGGAUUCAGCUGCCGGGCGAAUUGAUUAACGCCUAUAUGGCUUCUUUGCACACGGCCACCUUAGAUUGUGAGUUCCACAAUCUAGAUAAGGUCCUCCUGGAUGAGCUGGUGAGCGGUGUUGCUGACCUGCGUUUGCAACGGUGA